GAAAUAUGUUCUUCCUUUGUGGAAAACUUUUAUGAUGAUUCUGCUGAAUUUAUAUUACAAAAAUAUUUUCAUGAUAAUACUUGGAAAGAAACGGAUGAAGAAUUAGCUAACAUUACCUUAGAAAUUCUUGAUUCAUUAAACGAUAUUUGGAAGAAUCCUGCAUUUGAGAUUCAAUUUGCAGAGUCACAAACUGAAAAUACUGAACUUAAAAAGGAGAAGGCUGAAUUCUUAGCUAAAGAAGCAGGAUUUAUGACUAGAAUAAUGGAAUUAGAACAAAAUGCUGAAAAAGCGAGAUUAAGAGAUACUGAACUCAAUACCAGAAUCAUAGAACUAGAACG